AUGUCAGGCUCCGACAGCGAUUACGACGAAGAUACCAAGAAAGCCAUUGCUCUGUCAUUACAAGAGCCUUCACCGGAGUCUCGAAUAUCGAAAAUCGUUGAUCUCGUUAGCGAAGAUGAUGAUGAUGACCUGGACGCACCUGUUACAUCUAGAGCAUCCCAGCGUGAUCAGAGAAUGGACAGCAAGAAUGAUGGGCUUUCAGCUAUCGAUACAGGGAGCAACACCAAGAUUGAAACUGCUUCUAACCGUGCCACCCCUCUUGAAAUCGACCAAAAUAUACCAAUGCGACAAGCUCCUUUACCGUCGAAUGGAUAUCUUGGGUCGUUGAAUCGUAAACAAAUGGAAGAGGAACGGAGAGCAAGAGCGCAGAGCAAGCAAGUGGAGUCACAAGGUUCCAACACGAAACUCGGUUCAAGGAAAAGGGAAGCGCCGACUUCACCACCCGCUCCUCAUAAUCGAGAAGGAAGACAAGUCGUGCCCAAGCUUUCACAUGAGCCAUCAACAGGGCUAUCACUUGGAAGAAACAAGCCGGGCAAAGCUGCCUUAUCCGGUCACGCGACAACGCCUAUUAUACCCCCUACUCAAGAAAAGAACAAGUUGCCAAAAGUUCUGUCUUCCAAUGACCCAAAAAAGGCCAGUACCCCAGGAAUUCAAUACCCCGACGGUGCGAUCAAGAAAACAUGGGUUUAUGGAUGUCCUCGCCAAGGAGAUGACAUCAAAAUCGAAGAAGUUUUUCAGAAGAAGGAUCUCGAACUCGCUGUGCUGAGCUCAUUCCAGAUAGAUCCUGCUUGGGUUGAAGCUAAACUCGAUAGCAAAACUAAAAUCAUCUGGGUACUUCAAGAAAAGGACGAGGCUGAAAAAGAAAAACUGCGCUCCGAAGCUGCGAAGAAUCAACGGUUCUGCUUUCCCAGUAUGGAGGGCAACAUCAACUGCAUGCAUUCGAAACUCCAGCUCUUGGCCCACCCUUCCCAUCUACGUAUCGUUGUACCCAGUGCUAAUCUCGUGCCUUAUGAUUGGGGUGAGACUGGCGUUAUGGAAAAUGUCUGCUUCUUGAUCGACCUUCCCAGAAACCCAGAUGGCGAGCUGACGGAGCUUGGUAAACUUACCCAUUUCGCUACAGAGUUGAUUUAUUUCCUCACGGCAUUGGGUCUCGAUCAGAAGAUAAUUGAUAGCAUGAGGAAAUUUGACUUCUCACGCACAGCACACUUGGGCUUCGUUCAUUCAAUUGGAGGAUCGCAUACUGGAUCGGGCAUAAGACGAACGGGAUACUGUGGGCUAGGUACUGCAGUGCAACAGCUCGGCCUCGAUACCGAAAAAGCCCUAAGUGUUGACUUUGCGGCCGCGUCUAUUGGUAAUCUUAACAUCGAUUUAAUCAAAUGCCUCUACUUGGCUCUACAGGGUGAUAAUGGAAUGUCCGAAUAUGAACGGCGCAUAAGCAAGCAGGUAAAGGGGAAAGGAAAAGGCGAAUCGACUGCCGAGCUUCAACUCUCUAAGGACUUGGCAUCACUUUUCCGAAUCUAUUUUCCCACGUCAGACACUGUUGGGAAGAGCCGGGGCGGUAAGGACGCGGGAGGGACCAUUUGUUUUCAGUCAAACUGGUACAAUAGCAAUAGCUUCCCCCGAUCACUUUUGCGUGACAGCAAAAGUCAAAGAGAUGGACUAUUGAUGCAUAACAAAAUGAUAUUCGUACGGCCUCACGAGGCUAUACGUGGCCACGUGGCUUGGGCAUACGUUGGGAGUGCCAAUCUGUCUGAAAGUGCAUGGGGACGUCUCGUCAAGGAUAGAACCACGAAGGAAGCAAAGCUUAACCUUCGCAAUUGGGAGUGCGGUGUGAUCUUCCCUGUAGCGGGUGCUGAGACCCAGGAUCAGGCCCGGGGCCAGGGCCCGCCUGGCAUGGAGGUGUUCAAGGACAAGAUACCAGUGCCGAUGAUUGUGCCCGGGGAGGAAUAUUCUGGGAGAAAGCCCUGGUUUUACACGGAACAACAGUAA